AUGUAUAGACCAGGGGAAACGGUCAAACGUCGACUCAACAUGCAUGCUCCUCCUCGGAUAAGAAGUGUGGAAGUUGCUAGAGGAAGAGCAGGUUAUGGGUUUACCCUUUCCGGACAAGCUCCUUGUGUUCUUAGUUGUGUUAUGAAAGGAAGCCCUGCAGAUUAUGUUGGACUUAAAGCAGGAGAUCAGAUAUUUGCAGUUAAUGAAAUCAAUGUGAAAAAAGCCUCUCAUGAAGAUGUAGUGAAACUUAUAGGAAAAUGUUCUGGAGUCCUGCACAUGGUUAUUGCUGAAGGGAUGAGUCACAUAGAUUCAUGUUCAAGUGAUGAAGAAGUUGGUUUUUAUGAUGGGAAGGGGUGGCUGAAACCCAAACCUGACUCUAAAGCUCUGGGUAUAAAUAGAGCAGAGAAAGUUGUUGAAGAAAUGCAGUCUGGUGGCAUUUUCAACAUGAUCUUUGAAAAUCCUACUCUUUCUGCUGGUAACUCGGAUAAUUCUGGACCAAAGCAAAGAUCGUUUUCGGCUUCUGCUGCUAUCAAAUUUGAUGCUCGCCAUGAAAGUGUAAGCAAUCCAAACCUACUGUCAAAGGCAGAAAUAUCCAAAGCCCUGAAUGAUGAUUCAGUUUUUAGAAUCGGACUGGAGAGCGCAGAAGAUUUUGGAUUAGAUGCAAGCAUUUUAAACGUUGCCAUGAUUGUAGGUUACCUAGGCUCAAUUGAACUUCCUUCAACAACCUUGAAUUUGGAAAAUGAGAGUUUGCAGGCUAUUCGUGGGUGCAUGAGACGUCUGCGGGCAGAACAAAAAAUCCAUUCACUGGUGAUGAUGAAAAUAAUGCAUGACUGUAUUCAGCUCUGCAGUGACAAAUCAGGUAUUCUGGCAGAAUACCCUGCAGAGAAACUAGCGUUCAGUGCUGUUUGCCCAGAUGAUAGAAGGUUCUUUGGACUAGUUACGAUGCAGACAAAUGAUGAUGCAAGCUUGGCUCAGGAAGAUGAAGGGGUGCUGAGGACAUCUUGUCAUGUUUUUAUGGUGGAUCCCGAAUUAUUUCAUCAUAAAAUUCACCAGGGCAUAGCGAGACGUUUUGGACUGGAAUGUACAGCAGAUCCAGACACAAAUGGCUGUCUGGAGUUUCCAACAUCAUCUCUACCUGUUCUUCAGUUUAUUUCUGUCCUGUACAGGGAUAUGGGGGAAUUGAUUGAGGGAAUGCGUGCGAGGGCUUUUCUUGAUGGUGAUGCAGAUGCUCAUCAAAACAAUAGCACAAGCAGCAACAGUGAUAGUGGAAUUGGAAAUUUUAACCAAGAAGAAAAGAAUAACAGAGUUCUGGUGGUUGAUUUAGGAAGCAAUCUGAGUAAGCACAUUCCUAACAGCAUGUGGGAAAAUCCGGUAGGAAGGGGACAAAAUCAGCCUGCUUCCCAUUGGAAUGGCUUCUGUCAUGAACAAGAAGGAAACAUUCCGUUAGAAGUAAUGCAGAAUGAUAAGUCCCAAAAUGUAAGCAAACACUUAAGUCCUUCUGCUCGUAUUGAAGUUCCACUGGUUUCCUCCCGAAAUUCAGUACCCCCAUCAAAGAAAAACACUGCUGGCAUGGGCAAUCAAAGGUGGUUGCCUGUGCACGUUUUACAGGAAUGGCAGCAUGGGAAUGCAAGUGACCAGGAGUCAUACACUGAUUCUACGGAUGGCUGGUCGAGUGUUAACUGUGGAACUCUUCCCCCGCCAAUGAGUAAGAUUCCAGCUGACAGAUACAGAGUCGAUGGCAGCUUUGGUCAGCCACAGUUAAAAUCUCAUAAAAAUGAAUGGUCUAAGAAGAUGUUUUGCAUACAGAACAAAUUUGGCCCUCCGCACAGCAUUCGGAAGUCUAAAGAAGAUAAAAAGGGUGCGAAAUUUGGACAUCCAAUGGGAUUAAAUCAGGCUCCUCCCCCACGUUCUUCUGUUCGAAGAUCAUUUGGAAGAUCUAAGCGAUUUAGUAUUACUCGUUCUCUGGAUGACCUUGAGGUAAAUAACUUACAGUUAACACUUAGA